GGUUCGGUCGGCUUCCACGAGCGGCGUCGUCGUCGGGAUCGCCCGAGUCGCGCGCGCGGGCGAUCAGUCGGGAGCGUGAGUUCAGCCUGUGGAGACGCGUGUGUCGUCGUCCGCCGUCCGCGUCGCGUCGCGUCGCGUCGCCGCGUCCCGCCGUUCACCAUCCGCGCGCAAACGUCACGUUGAAACGCGCCACGCCGCGUCCGCGUCCGCGUCCGCGAGAACGAAGUGCCCGCGCGUCGUCGUGAUCAAGUGUCCGCGGAUCUCUAUCUAGUGUUGUGUGUUCGCAACCGCCUGAUUAAAGUGUCGCCUCGGAUCUCGGACCUCGGACCUCGGACUAACGGAGCCGCCUCGCACGCUCCACGAGGGAGGAAACGGAGGAGACACCCUCUGCCCGGAGACGCGGUCGAUUCUCCCCGGCUGUGUGAUGCUGCGGUCGGCGGAUCACCUUCUUCUGCAUCCGAGCGGCGAGAUCGCGCUCCGAUUAUGAUGUGAGCUACUGAAGGUGGGAUCCUCAGGAACCGCGAGGUCCUCGCAAUGGAGGCGGGACCAAAGCAGCAACAACCGCCGCAACAGCCUCAGCUACAGCAGCAGCAGCAGCAGUCGCCUCAGCAGCAGCAACAGCUACAGCAGCAACAAAAUUCACCCGGCAGUGGGACUCUGAGUCAGACAACCAUCGGUUCUCAAGGUGGCCCGACACAGGGUCAAUGUCAGCAGAAUGCGGAGGACGCACUUGCGGCGGCGGAGAACACCCCCGUUAGCGAGGGUGUGCUUCUCGCUCGGAUUCACGUGCCCGAGCUCUACGUCAGCAAGUGUCUGCAGUUCCCGAAGGAUCAGCUGGUUUGGGACGUGAAGCAGCAAUGUCUGGCGUCCUUGCCCAAGGUGGCCACUUGGUACAGGGAGCUGAAGGAGAGCUUCAAUUACGGCCUCUUCUGUCCGCCAGUGAAUGGAAAAGCUGGGAAAUUCCUGGACGAGGAACGCCGUCUCGGCGAUUAUCCUUUCAAUGGACCCGUCGGGUACUUGGAGCUCAAAUACAAGAGGCGGGUGUACAAGAUGCUGCAUUUGGAUGAGAAACAGCUCAAGGCUAUGCACACUAGGACGAAUUUGCGAAGGUUAUUGGAUUAUGUGCAGAGCAGUCAGGUCGAGAAGAUCGCAAAGAUGUGCAGCAAGGGGCUGGAUCCUAAUUUCCAUUGUCAGGAAACAGGAGAGACGCCGUUGACCCUGGCAACUACCUUGAAAAAGCCGUCCAAGGUUAUAAUUGCAUUGGUCAAUGGCGGUGCUCUACUGGACUAUCGAACGAAGGAGGGUUUAACGGCGAUGCACCGUGCCGUGGAACGAAACAGUUUGGAGGCGGUUAAAACACUUUUGGAGUUGGGGGCUAGUCCAAAUUACAAGGAUACCAAGGGCUUGACGCCGCUCUAUUACAGCGUCAUUUACAAGACCGAUCCAAUGCUCUGCGAGACGUUGCUUCACGAUCACGCGACGAUAGGAGCUCAGGAUCUUCAGGGCUGGCAGGAAGUUCAUCAGGCAUGUCGCAACAAUCUGGUGCAGCAUCUGGACCACCUGCUUUUCUACGGCGCUGACAUGAACGCGCGCAACGCGUCCGGUAAUACGCCGCUGCACGUGUGCGCGGUGAAUAACACGGACGCCUCGUGCAUACGUCAGCUACUCUUCAGGGGCGCGCAGAAGGACGCGCUCAACUACGCGAACCAAACGCCGUACCAAGUCGCGGUGAUCGCGGGCAACAUGGAGCUCGCCGAAGUCAUCAAGAACUAUCAAUCGGAGGAAGUCGUACCGUUUAAAGGGCCGCCACGCUACAACCCGAAGCGGCGCUCGGUGGCCUUCAGUGGCACCUCUUCGAUGAUGACGACGAGCUGCUCGGCGAGCAAUCUGGGCACCCUCACCAGGAUACCGUCCACCGAACAGCACGCGGUGACAUCAAGCGCCGGUAGUACCGCUGGUACCACCCUUACCAGAACCAUCUCGGUGGAACAGUACUCGAGUAUCACUCGAGUACCCUCCGCCGAACAGUACGCUACAACCGCAGCAACGGCCGUGAGUCUGAACCGAUUACCGUCCACGGAACAACCGUAUCCACCACCUCCGUCGUCCGGCGUGCUCGUUCGGGCAGCAUCCGAGGAGAAAUACGCACCGCCUGGUGCUGUGCUGAGCAGAGCCUCGUCCGGAGAACGAUACGACGCCACCCUGAUCAGAGUACCGUCCUCCGAGCAGUAUCCGACCACUAAUACGCUGAUUAGAGUACCGUCCACGGAGCAGUAUCCGACCACCGCGGUAGGCCUGACCAGAGUACCGUCCACGGAACAAUAUCCCUCCACCGGUGGUGGAAUUACGAUUGUCGGUCAGACGACCGAGUCGAGCCACCACGGAAGCCUCGGCAGAGUACCGUCCGUAGAGUCGAGCAGAAACGAUUUACCGAGAAUACCGUCCGAACAGAACGGCCACCGACUGACGUCGGAGUACCAGAGUCCGAAUUCUUUGAGAGAUCCUAACGUGAGAUUGCCGAGCACUGCCGAAAAUUAUUCAAACUUGAGAAUGGAGGGCCUGACGAGGCUGCAAGAGCACCGGCUCGAGCUGCAGCAUCGCCUCGAUAUGCACAGAACGCAGAUGGAGAUGCCGCCGUCGCCGUCGCCGAGCAGUAGGAGUUUAGCGCCUUUCAGCUCGGCCAGCUCAAGCUUGUCCGAAGGCAGCAAUCAGCCGUCCGGCGAAGACUCGGCCAGCAUCGUUACAGACAAGAGUCUCGGCGACACGGCGUCCGACGUGAUCAGCGACAGUUCCGGGGUGGGAACCUCGCAGUCCGACACGACCAAUUCAUUAUCCAUUCCCGGCACGACGGUGGUCUGCGUGGAGAACUACAGCAGCGGGAUCACCGGCCAUCUCACUAUCAAUCAAGGAGACAUCCUUGAAGGUAACGACCAGAAAUAUUUUUUUGAUAGCAAGCGUGUUUUUGUUUCUUUAUUUUUAACAGUCACCGGUGCGACCGAUUGUGGCCUCCUGGAGGGGGUCUUGCGCGGACAAGGUACCGGUCUAUUUCCCGCACAUUGCGUUCAGGAAGUUCGAUUGCGCCACACGAAUAUACCUCUGGGCCCGCAACCCGCUAGGGACGGACGAAAUCGAGUACUGGGCCGCAGAGAGUCGCAGCACAAGUACUUUGCUACCGCUCCCAGAUUAAAAAAGCCUGUUACAUCGGAGCCACGCACUGUUGUUCUUCAUCGUUCGAGGAAAGGCUUUGGCUUCGUAUUGCGAGGCGCCAAAGCCACCUCGCCACUAAUGGAACUCACGCCGUCAGCCAAGUAUCCGGCAUUACAAUAUCUGGAUGAUGUCGAUCAAGGAGGCGUCGCUGACUUAGCUGGUCUCCGAAAAGGAGAUUUUCUUAUUCAAAUCAAUGGCGAGGACGUAACGACGGCCUCCCACGAACACGUAGUCGACCUGAUAAGGAAAUCGGGAGAGUUGGUGCGAAUGACCGUGGUCUCGCCGGUAAUUAGUCUUCCGAAUUCCCAAUCGGCGGCCGCGUUGCCAACUAGUCAACCGAUUCAAAGACAAUACGCAACUUUGCCGCGCAAGGGUAACAACAAUGUGGUGGUCGGCGGUACGCUCGGCAGAUCUCCAGCUCCUGUACCGCCACGAAGAGAUCCGAAGACCACGUUAAGUGUGGGGCGAGCGAGAGCGCGAUCGAUGGUUGCGGGAUUAGAAGGAGGCGGCGAAAGGGAUGAUCGCGACGAGAUUGCAUCGACCGGUGCGAAGUCGAGCAGCGCGGAAUCUAUUCACAUGCCGCAGCAGCCGUCGACUGGAUCAAACACCGGUCAGAAUACUCCAGUGCAACCGAGAACAGCCAGCAUUCGAUCGCGUCCGACUUCCAGCAGAAUCACCGCCGCGGAACUUGAAGAGCUAUUUCAGCGGCAGCAGGGUAGCGCCGGCGGUCAAUACAGCUCGUCCAUGAUGAGCUCCUCUCACUUUCAGACUACUGGUCAGUCCACCAAGUCGCAUCCGUCGUCGCCUGCCAAGACCGGCAGGGUGUACGCGAGCGUAGCGGAGAUGAAGCGCAAGGGCAAAUCGCAAUCGAGAGUACGCUUCUUCGGUGGCGUGGGAGGUGGCUCCGAUCUUCACAGAGAUUUCCAUAGCACGCCGGAUCUUAAUGUGCAAGCGCAAUCGUCGUCUCUUCUGGCACACAAGUAUCACAGAAGUCAAGAAGAUGUAAAUGCUCUGAACGGUAGAAAUGGGCUUCCACCGCCGAAUCAUCCGCCGCCACCUCCACCGGUCGGACAGGUCAUUAAGGUGAAUGUCGGCGCUAACGUGCCGGAUGUCGUUACGCCAGCCUCAGUUUACGAUAAUAUGGCGCAUAUCCAGCAAGUUAAAGAACUAGCAGCAGCCGCAGUCGACAGUGGAUACGGAGUGAUGUCGAGCUUCCGACCAUCAAAUAGUGCGAAGCUCUACGCCUCGCCAGAAGAUAUGAAGACUGUUGGAUAUCGCUCGCGUAGUCUACCGGCCAAUCGUCCGCAUUUGAGGAAAUCCCAAAGUCUUCGCAGUACGCCAUGCAGCACGACAUUUAACUCCUCCGGCAGCCAGCAGGCAUUGAAUACCAAUGUGAACAGUAACGGAAACGAUAAUAAUUCAGUCAACAAUCAGUACGCGCAACCGUUGAAGACUACUAGGAGCCACAGCACGGCUGGUAUUCGCGAACGAAAGAAAAAGACUGUCGUGAGCACCAGCUCAUCCGUCACAAAUCUCUCGUCGAUCGCGUCCGGUGCGAAUGGAACUGGAUCUACGCAAUCCUCCACGGCACCACCGAUACCCGAGCCGGAUUAUAGUUUAUCGGAAUCGGAGAACGACGAGGGCGAGGAUGAAACGGACGAAGAUGGUGAAUCGGAGAUUGCGAAAGAGCUGGAGAAGGCGGCGGCGCGAGAAAAGCUGGAGGCAACACGAGAGACGUCCGGCAACUCCAACACAUCUGGCUCGAGUUCAUCGGGCAGCGGUUCGCUACCACAUUCCUUUAGCGUCGAAGAGAUUCAGAAAGUGCGCACGCAGUUAAAGUCGUCCAAGAGUCAUCCAAACGACUUUCUCUUGCAGCAAAAGCAGGAAUCACUGGUCGAGGAUGGCGACAACAGCUCGAGCGGCGUCAGCUCGGACCAAGAUGUGCCAGUGGGCCCACCGAUGGGCUUCGACGACACCGCUGUGCGAAAUCUGGCCAAUCAGGAGAGCAACCAACACUCGACAUCGGCAGGCGCGGCUCUGCUGUCUAGCAUCGGUCCAAUCGAAAAAGAGAGCAAUCAAACCAAACGACCAGGCUACGGCGGUAGUGGUUUACUGACCAGGCAUGCAGUCAGCCUGGCGCAGCUACCGCCGCCGAUCGAAGCCGAUGCCGAAGAGCAGAACAAUGAUCUGUUCGUACCACCGCCGCCGGAAUUCAAUGCCGGUCCGUCUGCUGGUGGUCAAGAUCAGGAAGUACUGGUGUUUGCACCGCCGCCACAGUUUUGCGAUAACAAGGCGCAAACACAGCAACAACAGCAGCAAACCACCUCGCAAAAUCGUGUCAAGAUAAUUGGCGCGAUUCCCAAGGUCGUUGGAAACCAAGUGAAAGCGUCGGGUGGCCGUUUACCGUAAAGAAAAAACCACGAAUCACAGCACGGAUAAUUUCCGUGUUACUUUCCGACGAAGCGUCGAGCGCAAGAAAAGAAUUUUUAACACGUACAUCGCGAUUUCAAAGUCAAUAUAUUUAGAGGCUUUCCGCCUUUUCGGUAGUGAUCACCGCGCGACAAGCGCACUAAAUUUAGGCUAUAUCGAUCCGGUAAAAAACAGGAUCGCGAUGAUCCGCGCAAGCGUAUAUAAAGCGCGGUCGCUUGGACGACUUUUUUCCAAGAGUAAAUCGUAUUCUAAUCGAGCGUUUAGAAAUCGUAGUAUAACGAGGAGAUAAUCGAGCGCGUUUUUACCAAGUAAGUUUACGAGUGUGAGUGUACGUCCGAUUGCACCACAAUAGAAGAUUGGUUUGUCGCACACGAGUGCACGAUCGAUCAUAAGUUUAUCCAGCGCCACCCUGUCCAUGAGUGAGCCGACAGAUCCGCAAACUGAUUCACUGCGUCGUAGAAAAAACGCGGCCUAACGGCACACGAAGGAGCGAAUAUACACAUAUUUCGAUGGGAGAAGACGAAUCGCGCCAAGAGGCAGAUAGAAAGGCAGAAAAUACAAAUAUGCGUGUACGCGUGCGUGAGUUGUAACGCGUGAAUGUGCAUAUCGGUUUGUUUUUCAUAUUUCUAUCGAACUACGAGGUGUGUUUUAAUACUUUUACACGACACGACCACGUAAACUCUUUGCUCCGAGAAAUCACGGAACUGUCGAGACGACUUUUUGCAAGUCGCUUCUGAACCAAUUUUACGCAAAACCAUCACAAGUAGUCUCGCUCACUCUCGAUUCCCCUUUACCGACGAAGUAUCAACGACGAUAACUUCAGUGAUGCUGACGCGAAAAUCACGUAACUGAUUAGUUGUUAACGUCGAACAAGCGCGGUUUUUUCUUUUUUUAGUUUCUCUUGUGUCUAGACACUGCUCAAAUGCCUAAUCACAAAGUUCUACUCGCGAAGUCAUUAGAGAUUCUUCCUAGUUUAUAAUUGCAAAUAUUAUUAAUAUUAGUAUUAUGAGUUUAUUAUUAUUAUAUUAUUAAUAAUUAUAUUGUUAGAGUAUUGUUAUUAUAAUUAUAAUUAUAUGGCGACUAUUAACGCUCCACUAAUGAGCCUCUCGAGAAAGCGUAGUCGCGUCACGAAAGAAUGUGCAACACUACUUCGUUAUAAUGCAUCGUCAUUACCAUUCUCAGCCUGUGUAAAAUAAAUCAUAUUCCUUCCA